AUGGUAAUUAUGCUAUCGCUGUCGUCCUCAUCUCCAUAUGCGACCAUAUCCAAAUCGCAUUCUAUUUCGGCUCUCGCAGCCUGCCUCCAUCGUGCUGGAGUGGAAGCACCAAGAAACAGCUUGGAGUUAGAGGAACCUGCCAUGAAAGCUUCUUCAUUUCCCUUGGAAGAAAAAAAAUUGAAAUUCUCAUCACAGGUAUCAGAUUCUCAUUCAUUGAAAAGUAGCACACAGUUAUCUUUUUGUUCGAGCCAUUCGUACAAACAAGAAACAAUCUUCACCAUCCAAGAAAACAUCCAACAAGACAAAACUAAAGAGUCUCUCACCUCCGGCGAGUACAGACAGUACAUUCAAAGAAUCCUCAGAUGUAUUGGCAUUAUUGACAAACCCACCCCAAUAAUUCCCCUACUCAAAUUGCAUCCACCUUCCCGUCCGCUCCUUGAUCCUUCAAUUUUCAACUUUCUUGAACUCUUCUACCCAACCAACACGGCAGCCUCCACCACCGUUUUAAGCCGCCGCUGCAACAGAAAGCUCAUUUUCGAACUAGUGGACGUGCUUUUAGCAGAAAUUGUAAAACCCCAUAAUUGUUUCACCACAUGGGCUAUUCCCAAACUUUCGGGUUCAGAUUUGAUUGACAAAUUAUGCAAGAAAAUACAAAACUUUCCUGCAGCAAAUUGCCGAGUUCUCGAGGAUAUAGAUACACUGAUAGAUACAGAUUUGAGUAACUCUGAACUUGGAGGAUCCCGAGCUUUUUUCGAAGAAGGUGAAGGGAUAGUGAGUGAGAUUGAACGUGAAAUUGUAGAUUCCUUGGUAAAUGAAACUACUGCAAAUUACGGUGUCCGUACAGCCGGCACGAACAGAGUCUGA